AUGAAGUCAACCUGCAGCCUGACAAGAACGGCAACGAGCCACCCCUUCCAGGAUUCAUCCGAGCGAGUAGCUCAGCGGCUGCCGCGCCGGUGCUGUUCCGCGACCGAUACCCUGCCCCUCAUCGCGGAGACCCUGCAGAAUCUGGCCAAGGCUAAGUGGUUCACCAAGUUGGACGUGGUGGCCGCUUUCCAUAAGAUCCGCAUGGCUCCGGGACAUGAGGAAAGACUGCAUUUCGCACGAGCGUACCUGGAUGAUGUACUGAUCUACUCGAGCGGUUCGAAGGCGGAUCAUGAGGCUAAGGUGCGACGAGUUCUCCAAGCACUCGCCGACGCUGGGCUGCACCUAGACCCAGCGAAGUGCGAGUUUUCGGUACAAGAGGUCAAAUACCUUGGCUUUCUGGGCUUCGCCAACUAUUACCGGAUCUUCAUCCCCGACUAUGCCAAGAUCACGCAGUCUCUGGAUGCCCUGCUUAAGAAAGGAACUGCCUUUCAUUGGGGACGAGCGGAGAACGAGGCGUUUCAGGAGCUGAAGCGACGAUUUUGCGAGUCACCGGUGCUCAAGCAGUGGGACCCGAGCCUCCCGACCUUUUUGGAGACGGAUUGCUCAGGCUACGCAUUGGGAGGCGUCCUGUCGCAGGAAGGCCCAGAUGGACGUCGACACGCAUGCGCCUUCUUCUCGAAGCGACUUUCGCCAGCGGAGUACAACUAUCCCAUUCACGACAAGGAGAUGCUUGCCAUCAUGAGAUGUCUCGACAACUGGAACGCCGAACUUAGGAGCUGCGGCCCAUUUACAAUCCUUACCGAUCACCGCAACCUGGACCAAUUGUCCCAGUUCGACUUCAAGCUCGAGUAUCGACCGGGAAGCGAGGCUGUCGUGCCUGAUGCGUUGUCCGCCAUGAAGGUCUUCGAGGUAGCGGACCUGCAGCAACUCUGGGACGAAACGGUGGCGAAGGACUCGAUAUUCCGGGCAGCCUAUAAGGCAGUCCGCGAUCGCGAGCGUGCCUUCCCGCCCUCGCUGGGCCUGAAGAUCCAGAUUUCAGAAUGUGCGAUCGACGCAGGCAAAGGGCUGACAUUCAGAGACCGUAUUUGGGUGCCGGGUGGAUCCGGAGAGGAGGGUAACCAGGAGGAAGCUGAGAAAGACCAGUUGAGAACCCGCAUUGUGCAGCAGUCGCAUGACUCUGUUGCGACCGGUCAUCCCGGCAGGAAGUCCCAGCUGGUUCGCCGUCGAAAGGGAUUUCUCAAGCCUCUGCCGAUUCCAGAUCGACCCCGAAGCCAUUUGUCCAUGGACUUCAUCACAGAUCUGCCGCCUACUGGACCGAGCAAGGCAAGGUACCUGUGGGUGAUUGUGGACAGACUGACAAAGGCUGUGACCCUCGAGUGUCAUUACCGAUUUCACGGAAUGCCACGGUCCAUCGUCAGCGACCGCGGGAGCAACUGGCUAAAGAGAAUGAACCAGGAGAUCGAGGCCUACCUGAGAGCCUACGUGUCGUACGUGCAGGACGACUGGGAGAACUGCUCCCUGCCGCGCAGCUGGCACUCAACAAUCGUGAAUCCGCAGCGACCAAGAUCAGCCCCUUUUCGCUGA